GAACAUUUAAAGUUAAAAAUUACCAAUAGGUUAUUGUCAGAAUUUUUGUAAUUUGUUGAAUUUCAGUUCUAGAAAUGGUCAGAGUUGUGUUUGUACAUCCUGACCUUGGCAUAGGUGGGGCCGAGAGAGCAAUAAUAGACGCUGCACUUGCCUUGAAAUCAAGAGGACAUGAAGUCAAAAUUUUGACAGCCCACCAUGAUGUAAACCACUGCUUCGAAGAGACGAGAGAUGGCAGUUUAUCUGUUCUCGUUGUUGGGGAUUGGUUGCCGAGGUCUUUUUGGGGGCGGUUUUAUGCCUUGUUUGCUUACCUGAGGAUGAUCUGCAUUGCCUGCUAUUUGGUGUUCUUUAGCGGAUUGUCCCCGGACUUAAUAUUUUGUGAUCAAAUUUCCGCCUGCAUUCCUGUUUUAAAGCUGAUGAAGAAAUCAAAAGUUUUAUUUUAUUGUCACUUUCCUGAUUUCUUAUUGACUGAUCGAAAGACUCUUUUGAAAAAGCUCUACAGGGUGCCUAUUGAUUGGCUGGAGGAGAAAACAACUGGCAUGUCUGAUGUUGUUCUCGUAAAUAGCAACUUCACAGCCUCUGUAUUCAAGAGGACAUUUACAAGCCUGAGACACAUUGAUCCACAAGUUCUGUAUCCAAUACCAGAUUUGUCAAUGUAUGACAAUUUUUUAGUGGAGAGCUCGACAUUGCCUAGCAAGAUGGAUGCAAGGAUUUCAUUUUUGUCUAUCAAUCGAUAUGAACGUAAAAAAAAUUUAUCCUUAGCCGUACAUUCACUGUCUGCAUUGAGGAAGAAGUUGAAUGGCAAUUUGGAUAACAUUCAGUUGGUGAUAGCAGGUGGCUAUGAUGAAAGAGUUUCAGAAAACAAAGAGCAUUAUGAGGAACUCGUUAACUUGGUAUCUCAGUUGAAUUUGAAAGACCAUGUUUCAUUUUAUAAAUCCAUAUCGAGCCAAAUGAAAUUAGAAUUGUUGAGAGUCAGUACCUGCUUAUUGUACACUCCGUCCAAUGAACAUUUUGGCAUUGUGCCAAUCGAGGCAAUGUAUUUCGGUCUCCCUGUUAUAGCUGUCAACAAUGGUGGCCCCAAGGAAACGGUCCUUGAUGGGAAGACGGGAUAUUUGUGCGAGCAAGAUCCAGAUGAAUUUGCCGAUAAGAUGUUGAAAUUUGUAAAAAAUCCCAAUUUAAAUUAUGAGUUAGGAAUUGCUGGCAAAGAGAGGGUGAUGAAGUAUUUUUCCUUCAAUGCAUUCACAGAGAAACUAGAUAAGAUUGUACAUGAUAUGUUACAAAUCUAAUGUGAUGAUAAUGCUUCAACUCUAUCUGUGUGCGUGCGUGCGCGCGCGUGUGUGUGUUUGUGGUUUUUUAUUUUUCAAAAAUUAUCUUUCUCUACCGUUGUAAAUGUUAUUGUUACGGGUUUCAUAUAUUCCUAUGUAUCAUAAUUUGUGUCAUUAAUAAAAUACAUGGCCAUUCUGUUAAUUCUUUUGGCGCCGUUUGAUUUCGUAAUAUGUACUUCAAGUUGAAAAUUGUUUUAAAUUCUUUAAUGAAAAUUGCCAA